UGACCCUCCUUACUCUUUGCUCCGUAGUGUGGUCAUUCCCGAUAUACUCUUUGGUCAUUCCAACAAUACUCAGCUUAGGUCCCCAGUGCUCGUGCUCCCGCGGAUUGCAUCUGGAUAGCAUUGGAUAAUUUUGAUUUCUACUUGUUUGGAGACUGCGCUUACCUAAAUUUAAUAAAAUGUUCCAUAUGAACUUUUGGAAGCUGAAAUUGAAGUGGUAAACGGAGAGAGUAGGCAACAAAAAAACAAUUGCUGAUUAAAAUAGACAUGGAAAUGUCAAUGAAAUUUUAUUAAGCUUCUCAAUCCCCUUUCAAUAUUCUUGAGGAGUCCCAAGAAUAGGCUACAUUAAAAUGGCUCAACAGGAUAGCACUUCGCGACACGCUAAACAAAACCAUUUAUCCCGAAGUAGAGUUGCUCCAUUUGAUAACCCGUGUGAAAAGGAACAAGAUUUGUCCUACAAGUGUUUGCAUGAAAAUGGGUUUGAUAAAGACAAAUGCUCCUUAGCAUUUGCUAAUUAUCAAGCCUGUAAGGACUUUUGGACUAGAGUUCGUGCAGAGAGGCGUGCAAAAGGUAUUUAUCCCUAUAUGCCAGCUCCAGAGGAUCGUAAAAUAAUUCUAGACCAGUAUAGGAAACAAGAAUCUUGAAAGGUAGUAUUUCAAUGGGAAAAUGGAAUACAAGUGUGUUAUGACUUUUAUUUUGUCAAACAUUUCAACGAAUAUAAAAUACAAUAAGCAGUUGUUUAUAUUUAUGGUAUGUGUAACCAACAGUUAUUGUUCCUAUUCUAACAUACAAAAUAUUUUAAUGCAACCUGGCUUAUGAGCCUGAGCUUCUCCGUAAUCAUGUACUUUAAAAAAAGUUGUAGUUACUUCAUAAAAUUUCAAAACAUCUGUACAGUAAGAUUGAAUAAAUUAAUAACAAGACAAAAAAAUUGCCUUUUAUAAGUAAUCCUUACAGUUUAAAAGCCCUUGGUUGCAUUCUGUUCCUGGGACAAAAAAUUGACAAUGUAAUUUUUACAAAAACAGCAAUCAGUAUAAAAGACAAUCUAUGGAGUGACAUUUCAGAUUUAUUUUACGUAUCUUUGAGUAGCACAUAAUGCGUGAAAAACCAGAAUAACUCUGAUAAUUUUCUCAACAAAACAUAAAUAAUGAUUAAUUCUUACUGAAUUUUCAAAUCAGGAGAGAUAAUAUGCAGUAAAAUGAAGAUGGUCACAAGAUACCUUUUUUCUUAACUACUUUUUUCGCCAAGAAUAUGACAAUUUUAGCUUUGGAAAUAAAAGGAGUGGAAUGAUACCUCCCUUCCUAUGUAAAUGAUCCUGUAAUUACAAUAUUGUAAUACAUCAAGCGGGUUAGAUUUUAGCUUUCAAUUGCAUGUUGUGUUGUAACAAACAAUAAAAUAAUUCUUGCAAUUAUUUGCCUCCAAUUAUGAUUUAGAGAAAAAAACGUGCCA